GGCGUAUACGAGCACGGCUGGUUAAGCCGCACACAGCAUGAGCAGGCCGGUUUCUCGCCCGGACAGCGCGUUUUUUUCCUUCUGUCAACGCUGGUGAGUGGGUUCUUUUCUCGGGCACGUAGAUAGAAAAAAUAUUUGGACUCUUCGCACCUGCAAUUCAAACAAGCAUGAUUUGACCGUAAUCUCCGACGCUGUCCUUCUGGUGGCGUCAUGUUAUUGUUCCCAGGAUGACUCAAAGAGAUGAUGAUGAUGAUGAUGGAAGAGCUGCUGGGAGGGGAGGGGGAAUGAGUACGGGACGCGAUGCCCGCGGGAACAAAAGAGGGGAGGGAGAAGGAGGGGAAACGGAGAAGGGGAUUCGGAUUAGAAAAGGAAGGAACGAGGGACGAGAGUUGGCGCGCGGGCAUAUACUACUACUACUACCACCACCACUAAUAGUACUAGGGUGUCCAACUACUAUCGGUAGUAGUAGUCCCGAGUACGCGGAGAGUUUGGAGGGGAUAAGAAACAACCAAUAAUAAUUCGUAUAGAUGUAGGGGUGCAAGGAGGGAAAAGAUGAAAAGAGGGUAUGAACUAACUAGUAUGUAAGUACUGUGAGUACUAGAUUGGGUUGGCAGUGGAACCUGGAAACUGUCACUGCUUAGUAGAAAGAAGGGUUAUCUGCUAUCUACUACUACUAUCUUAGUACCAAGUACCAGUACCAGAUUACUAUCGGCUAUUCCUGGAUGGAGGGAGGGACCAGCAGCGCAAAAAGGUGGAUCUGCCGCUCUCCCCGGAGGGUCCAGCCAGACAA